AGGUGGAAUGAGGAGGUAAAGCAUUUCACUGGGAAGUUGCUUCCAAAGGAAGGAGGAUCGUGUGCUUACCGUCUAAGGGACGUCGGGAUACAUAAAUCAUAAGGCUACAUACAUUUAUAAUUAACUCAGUAUCGGGUAUGAAAUUUUAUUCACAAGGUUCCCGCUCGUAUAUUGCUGGACUGCCAUCAAAAUCGAAACAUAGUGAAGAGAUGAACAGACUUGAGAUUUUUGAAUUAAAGCUACAUCGUAGCUUAAUUGAAUGAAAAGCUUCUGUUAAAGGCAAUAAUAACCUUUCAAAGGGUAUACAAAGUUGCCUAGCAACGGUUUUAAGGAGGAAGACACAACAAAAGUGGAAAUUUCAUUCUUAAAAUGUUGAAAUCUCUGGGACAGACCGAUGGCCAGCAGCCACAGCUGCAGCUUCUUUGGGAGGACAAGGAUGUCAAGUUUGAUACGCCUCAUCUGCACACUCGACUACGCACCGGAGAGAAGGUGCUGGACUACAUCUAUCACAUUGAGGACAGCAAGGGAAAUCCCGGGGACACGGGCCGCCUAAUGGUCACCAAUCUUCGAGUGAUUUGGCAUUCCUUGGUUCACAAAAAGUACAAUUUAUCCAUUGGGUUUGCUAGGUUUGGAAACACCAAUACCCGCAUUGUGCACAUGCACUCCAAGGGCAGGAUGCCCAGUCAGGCAUUGUACAUUCUGGCCAUCAGCAAUGAGACGCGUUUCGAGUUCCUCUUCACGGAUGUGUCCGGGGAGACGGCGCGCCGUGAACAGCCCAUCUUUGCCAGCGUCUUUGAUGUGUAUCAAUUAUAUCAACGCACGUAUCUCUAUCGCGACCUAAAGCUGCGAGGAGCCAUCGUACUCUCUGGACAACUGAUUAUCCUGCCCGAUGAGCAGGUCUAUAGCCAGGUACAGGGCGUCUGGAAUCUAUCCAGCGAUCAGGGAAAUCUGGGCAGCUUUGUUGUCUCCAACAUACGUCUUGUGUGGUUCGCUGAUGCCAAUGAGACCUUUAACAUCAGCCUGCCCUAUCUUCAGAUUGAAAGCCUACGUGUCCGAGAGUCGAAGUAUGGUCCUGCAUUGGUCAUCCAAACGGCCGAGACUGGAGGCGGCUAUGUACUCGGCUUCCGCAUCGAUCCCGCCGACCGGCUGAACGAACUCUUCAAGGAGCUCUGUUCGCUGCACACCGUCUACAUAGAGCAGCCGAACUUUGGGAUCCACUACGAUGCCCAGGAUGCACGCCAGCGAUUGGCGGAUGCCGCCGAGGAGGCGGCCCAGGCCACGCAAUUCAAGAUCGAGAAUUUCGAGGAGCUGGACGAGCGGCAAGAGCGCGAAAUCAAUACCAAACUGAAUAGCUAUCUGGCGGAGGGUUGUGUGUCGAACAGCAAUACGGAUCAGUCGGACAGGGAGCCGGUGUAUUGCAAGGAGCUGGGCUUUGCCAUGGAGCGCAUACGGGAGGGAUACAAGCUGCAGGAUCUGUGGAAUGUCAUGCCCACCAAAAUGGAGACUUUCGAGGAGUGAUCUGGAAGAGAGAUCAAAAGAAAUAUAGACAGAAAAGUCAUUUGAAAGAAUGGCAGGUAAUAUUUACAUAAAUAGAAGUAUAUUAUUGAAAACAAACAAGAUUUCUCUUAAGUUAAUAAAGUAUAGAUUAGAUUGAAAUAUACAUUGGAAAGCAAAGAUUUAA